AUAGAAAGCACACAGUCUCAUAUAUUUAGAAAAGUUGCCGGUAACCGUGCCUCAUUUAGAUCCCUAAUAGCUGCUAAUAUUUUAAAAGGCACGUGUUUAUUAUACAGGAUAUCUUAUACUACACAAAGUGAAAAAGUUUUAUUAGAAUCCUUAAUUGAACAAAUAUAUACAAUAUACAGUAGAGUAAGAAAGUUUUCUGUGCAACACUGAACGCGUCGUUCAUUUGAUGUUAUGAUACAACAUACAUGUAAAUUCGAUGUUUAUCUGAAAUAAAAACCAACGCUUUCAAUGGCAAUUUGCCAACCAAAUUUCACUUUUACCAUUGAAAAGCUCAAUGAUAGGCACUUUGAAAUUUUCUUAAUAGCAACAUUUUCAGUUCCGAUCUAAAGCGCUUCUGAUCUUAAUGGAUUUCAAAAUCCAAGCAUUUUUGAAAGUUAGAAAAGUGUCCUUCGAGAUAAUUUCUCACUAUAAAUUAUAAAAUGCAGUGGUUUCGUUCCAACUGAAUCAAGAUAAUGGAGUGCCCUAAAAUUGAAUCUUUAACUGAUUUUAAUGAAGUGUGUGGGGAAUGAAUAUUUAAGUUUAUAUACCUUUACCAAAUUUCUAUUCAACUCACCGUGGCAAGUCGGGCAAAUAAUUUUGGAUCUUUGCUUUUCUUCGAAUGAACUCGAAUUCGUCAAUUAUUCAUCAGCUGAAGGAAUUGCUGAUGAAGGUGUACAUUUAUGUGAAGCUGUCUUUUUAAAGAGCUUUUUUUGAAUUCAUUUCGCAGAAGUAAACAUUUCUGUUACGCUGUAUUAUCCACGGAAAUGUGUUAUUUUUGGCUUUUAUAUUGUUUUUGUUAAAAUGUGUUUCUAUAUAAUCCACAAUAUACAGUCGUGUGAAUUGCCGCGGUUAAUGAGAUAUACAAAAAAGUUAAGUUAAACUUAGAACAAAUCAAAUAGUGUUGCUUUAGGAAUUUCUGAGUCUUAUGAAAAAUCAGAAAGAAUAUGGCCAGCAGGAAAUCACCACGACGAGUAUAUUCCAGAGAAUUGCCUCUACACCGUUUUGCAAAAAUAGAAAUUGAAAAAAACGAGAAACUGAGUAGAAAAUGGCAAGAGAAAGCAGAACACGAACUGGAUGAAAUACCAGAAAAGACAAAGGCGCGAAUUAUACAACUGCGGCACAUGCUCGCCGUAACUGACACUCUACCUCAUGGACGACGAGAUGAUGCAUUUCUUCUUCGAUUUUUACGUGCGAAAAAGUUCGACGUGGAGAAGGCGUAUAGAAUGUUGUUGAAAUAUUUUUCAAUGAAACAGCAUUCCGCUGAGUUAUUUAGAGUAUCACCUAUAAGUCAGCUGCAUGAACUACUCAAAAUGCAAAUGCAAUAUAUGCUUCCGAAUCGCGAUUCAAAUGGAAGGCAAAUUUAUAUUUUUAGGGUUGAAAAAUGUGAUCCUUAUAAAUGUCCAGUGGAAUCUGUAUUCAGGUCAAAUGUUUUAGCAUUAGAAAACGCUGUUAGAGAACCAGAGACACAAAUUGGUGGAAUUGUCGUAUUAUUAGACAUGGCAGGCGCUGGGCUCGGUCACGCAAAGUUUCUAGUGCCUUAUCUUUCACGUAAAACUGUUGAAGUAAUCCAAGAGGCGUUCCCUCUAAGGUUUAAGGCUUUUCAUAUACUAAAUCAACCAUUCUAUUUUGAUGCUAUUCUGGCAGUUUUGAAACCAUUUUUAAAGGAGAAAAUUCGAAAGAGGAUUUAUCUUCACGGAAAAAGUUUAGAAUCAUUACAUAACCACAUCCCAAAAGAAAUCUUACCUGCGGAAUACGGCGGGACUCAAUCAAAUUUUGAUAAUACUAUUUGGCGAAAGUCAAUACUUAAUGAUGCAGAGUAUUUCCAUCACCUGGAAUGGUAUAAAAAUUGCAUUUGGGACGAUGAAGAGGACGAGGAUCAGAGUAUAUUCGAUGAAAACUUGUCGGAUAGUGGCAGUCUUAACGUAAAUGCUAUAAAACAAUACAUAGAGGAAUGUGCAUUUGGAACGAAGUGAUUUAAAUUCAAAAUAGUAGCAUUCAUUUGAAAUAUUGAAUCCACUUUUGUGUGAUCUUUGAAACGGUCUGGUUGAUCGUGUAUGGAGUGGCAAAACAAUUUCGGUGUCGAUUUGAAGCAGCCUAAAGCAACAAUACCCACAUAUGUUUGUUAUUAGGAGAGUGGGUAUAGAAGCAUCACGAAAAGUUGCAAAUGCUAAUUUUUAUUGAAUAUUUAUUUUGUUGAAAAUGUUAAUUAUAUAGCAAUAAUCCACUGAACCUGAUGAUUAAAUCGAAGGAGUUUCUUUAUUAAAAGAGAGAAUUGAAUUGAUGCAAUCAAUAAAUAUACAGCUUUGAGCCAUC